AUGAGAGGAGCUGCUUUCGGGAGGACCACUGAAGAAGGUGUUGUGCAAGAACAGGGACGGUCUGCUCUUGCAGCAUUACACAACGUCGGGGAGAGGUUUGCAGAGGCAGCACAAAGGGACCGGGUCUUGAGCGCUGCGGGAGGGGAAACUGUCCAAUGGCAGAAGGCAGUGCUCUCACAACUGAGGGGGGUGGAAACCGGUGAGCGGGGUCGUAAAAGAAAGAGGACGGAGGAAGUGGAAGGGGAAUCGGGCAAAUGGGCGGUUGAGGGCGCCACAACUGGAAAGGCAGGUCUCAGUCUGGAGCAAGGGGAAUCCGACGAAUGCCCCAAGGCAGGUUGUGAUGCGGCUCUCGCAACGCCCGAGAGAAAGGAAUCAGCGACGGGAAAACGGAAGCGGAGUGAGCCGCUUUUAGGUGAGGGGAAUGUGAGAGAGACGGUUGCGUGGCUAGAGAGUUGCUUGGAAGCCGAAGUUGUGCGGUGGAACAGCGAGGUGUUGCAUAGGGAGGCGGCAGAAGCGGACGCCGCGGGGGCAAACGCCAGGCUGCGAAAGCGGAAGCGGAGGGCGGAAACGGGCGAGGCACUGGCGAAAGCAAACGCAAACCGACUUGCGAGAGAGCUGGAUACGGUCGUCGCCAGUAUUGCGGGGAAUCGCGACACGCCUGUUGGGCUAAAGAAGGAAGUAACGCGCAUGCGGCUGCUGCUGUUUGAGAGGACCCGAGCGGCGCAUAAAGCUGUUGUGAGGGCUGACGAAGCUGACGUCAGGGCGGAGAAGGGGGAAGCGCGAGCGGAAGAGGCGCGUGGAAAAGCGGAGGAGGCGCGUAGAAGCCCGCAAGAGGCAGCCUGGAGAGCGGACGACGCGGAUGUGAGAGCUGCAGACAUGGAGCGAAUCGUUGCGGAAGAAGUGGCGCGGCGCUUGAGAGCAGAGUCGGGCGAGGCAGUGGCUCGCCGAGAAGCGGACGACCUCGCAGAACGAUUGGGAAGGAUGCCGUGUCCGGAGCAACUAGAGGCGGACGCUGCGGUAGCGAAGAUCAGGGCCGGCGUGCUGGAAACGGAACUGGCGGAGUUGAGAGGUUCGCUCGUCGAGAAAGUCGAGGAAGUCGCGAGUGUGCGAGAAGAAGAGGCGAGUGCGCGACGACGAAAGGCGGAAGCGCGAGUCGCAGUGCUGGAGUUCGUACGGGCCGAGGAAGUAACUCUGCGGGAGAAGGCGGAGUCGGCCGCGGCGAGGGCAGAGGCAAGAGCGGACGAACUCGCAAAAGAAAUGGAAGAGAGGACAGUCCCAACGGAGAGGAUUAACAGGCUGCACGACUUGUCCUCCGAGAAUGUUAUUAGUGGGCAAUCGGACAGAGAAGGUGUAACGAGGGUGUCAACGAGUGAACCGCACGACCAAAUGGGGGGGGGAUCCCCCAUCAAGCAACGCCCCCAGUACAAACCAAUGCUCUCAGACCCAGAAAAUCAGUGCAGCCAGUGCAAGAAAAAGUGGAGCUCUCGCUGGAGCGGAACGCGAGCCGCUAGUCUCCCAUAUCUUGCGGGGCGCCUCCCUCUACUCGGGUUGCUCAAAGCGCUAUUGCGGGGGAUGCUGGAGGUGCACUUGGGGCCGCAGAACAAAGAAAAGAGUCUCAUAAGCCGUUGUGGCCCGCCGUGGCUGGGCAGGUCAGGGCGGUUCGAAGUAUACCUUGAUCAAAGCCCGGUCGACAGUAUCCACGGUUGCGAGGCCAAGUUCUCCCGACCAACAACGGGGUUGCUUGAAGGACGGGGGACACAGACGGUAGUCUUUACUGUCAAGCAGGCGAAGCACGACACAGCGCAAGGGGCCCAAAGCAAAAGAGGACGAGUGAGAUAGGGGAAUACAAUUCCGUAUUCAUUGCCGGCCUCGACUCUAAGAAAGAGCUGGUAGGGCUCAAGCAAGAACCGCAGCGCCUAGCGUGCUUCUUAGAGCCCAUGAGUAGCGGCUACGUGCAAUAGACUUGGGCAGUCAAGGAUGUUUUCAGGCUUCAAGUUGUUGUGAGAUCUGUUGUAAGAGCCU